GAAGAGGAAGGGUGCGGCAGCGCCGACUGGGACAUCAUCGAAGCCGUUCGUCGGCCCGCUGCUCAUCCGCUAUGUGAGCUCCACGCCGAUCGACAGAUCGAGGCCGCUCGGCAUGUGCGGCUACUGCGGCUGCUUCGAGGACGAGGAGAAUGUGUUUCCAGAUGUUGAGAUGCCUGGGGAGCCGAUUGUAAAGUUCAUGCACGGGGCAAACGAGGACGAGGAGCUGGCCGAGGCAUUCGAAGCAACAUGUGAGAUCUCAGAUGGUAAGGCGUUUGCCCCCGCUGGCCCUCGCGACGUGGGCUUGAAACAGGACAAGGGCUUCACGGUGUAUUCGGACUGCCUCUUGGUCAACGAGCAGCAGCACAAUAGGGAUAUCGCACCCGCAGGCGCAGAGCAAUUGGUCCCGUCGGACGCUGGCGAGCGCAUCAUCGAGCUGAAGAACGAGCCCCACUCGAAGAAAUUGUCAGGCGUGUUGGUGGUGGACCCGUCUCAGCCGUACGUUAAGGUUCGCAAGUGGUCCAGCACGUACGGGUCUCAUUCGGAGUGGUCGUUGCAGGCGUCGGAGUUCUGCCGCGAUCAGCAAGCCUCGAGCAUGGCUGAUGCGAUUGAUAAGUAUACCAGGGGGGUGUUUCCGACUGCCUUACGUGGACACGUCGUUGUUCCCACCAUUCCGGAGGUCAAGAAGCGCGCCAUCGGGGCAGCGAUGGCCAAAGGAUUGCUGACCCCUGUGCCGUCGAUCCCCCGCGCGCCAGCCGACUGCGAGGAGGCUGAGACGCCGGCGGCUGGUCGGGGCCCUGGCCCGAAAGCCAUCUGCGGCAUCAGCCCUUCGCCAGCCGCUGCUUGUGGCCUGGAUGGCCCCGCGUCGCCAUCGGGGAGCGCGCCGCUUGGUUCUCCCGCCAUUCCGAUGCCAGAACGAGCUGACGGUGUAGCGGGCGCUGUGCGCGACGAUUUUGCCGAGGAGAAGUCGACUGCCAGCGCCAACGUCGGCCCGAUGAGGCGCGGCAAGAGCACCGUGGACUUGGGCUUGGACGACCCCGACAAGAUCCGCUUCAAGGCGCUCGAGGCCAACAUCGACAUCUGCCGCAGCAUGAACAAGGGGCUCAAAUUGUUGGACGGCCUGAAGCACUGCAAGAUUAACGAGGCCCUCAGUUUUAAGAUGAAGCUGGUCGCGGCGGCUGUCAGGGAGCCCACCUUCGCACUCGUCGGGGCCCAGCCCGACAAGGUCGCCAAGGUGAGCAGGGAGUUCAUCAUCAACGACGUCGUGCUUCCGCUGGCCACGAAGCGCGCGACCGACGCCGAUGAGUUGCUAGAGAUGGCCGAGGCUUUCAGCGAUCAUGUUGGAUAUGAUAAGCUGCGCGGCGCAGUUCCCGAAGAGUUUAAGGUAGUGGCUCAGGAGCUCUACGUCUUCUCGGAGAGCUUGAAGGUAUUGCUAGAUGCGUCUCCUUCCACCAUCACGGAUUGCCCCUGCAGGGUGGAGGCCCGCGCUGUCCUUCGUGAGGAGGGGGGCGAGGAGGAUUGGAAGAACGUCGUCUUCACCUUCGGCAAGGGCCUGAAGGGCUGCCUCGCCGAGUACAACAGGGCGCACCACAGCGACACCAAGCGCGGCAAGACGGCCAAGGAGUUCACCGAGCUGCUGGGCAGGAGCGACAUCACGAUUGACAACUACGUGGCCGUGUUCGGCGGCUUGUGCGAGUGGGGCAACCAGUUACGCACGGGUGGGGCCAACACCUCGUUGAAAGCGAUGUGCGAGUCGUUCGGGAGUUGGGAGGAUGCACUUGCCACCGCGUGCCGCGCACUGGCACUGGCCCCCGAGAGCGAGGAAUUGAUUUCGGCCGUGCGCGCGGCUCGCCAGCAGCGCAGUGGGAUGAAGUUCGCCAGGGCCAACACGGUUGCGAACAUGGUGGCGUGCAUCGAUGUUUGCGCGUCGCGCUCCGUUGCCUUGUCCGUCGACACCCUCAGUCCCGACUGCGCGGUUGGCAGCGCCGCUGAUGAGAUGUUGAAGUUCCUCGGCGUUGCUUGGCCGCUCGCGGUGGACCACAUCGAGGCGGGCGGGGCCGCGAUCGCUUCCCUUGCGACAGCUACGACUCGCAUCGGCGCCCUGUCCCAGUUCGCGAAGGUGCUGAAGGCUCGGAGCAUGUUCGACCAGAAGAACGGGGAUCAGGAUGACGAGUGUGCCGCUGAGGCAUGGCAGGAGCUGCGCGCGACCGCUGGCAGGUGUAAGGGGGCGGUCUGGAAGAAGAGCGAGGCGGAGGCCGCCGCCGGCGGAUCUGAGGGCGCGCCAAGCGAUGGCCAGGACAAGCUGGCCGCCACGGACGGUUUCGCGAUGUUUCCCGGGCUCGAGGCUUACGAGAAACAGUUCAGCGCAGUGUAUGACGACACUGCCGCCCGGCUUGUAGACUUCUCCCCCGCCUACUGGGGCAACCUGGCGCGCGGGUCGGUGGCGAAGAUCAGGGGGUUCAUCGGCGUGGCAGGCGGCCUCCUGGACCAUUCAGGUCAGCACUGGUCCAAGAGCGCAGCGGACCCCAACGACUUCGACUGCCUCCAGGACUGCUACAAGCGCGUCUUGUGCAAGCAGAAGGGCACCGCGACGAAACUGAGGCAGAUCGAGAACACCAUCUCCCAGCAGCUGGGCUCGUUCGCAAUCGAGCUCAAGAAAGGCCAGCGGCGCGCGCACGCCACUUUGUGGGAGGCAAGGGCCCUGCAGAGCGCGACGAAGCUCACGCCCGACACCGCGGCAGAGGUUCCCACGACCUUGCGGGGCACAGUUCGCGACUCGCCCGCCUUCUGCGAGGGCGACGUCGCCAAGCCGAUCGUCGACGAGGUGUCUGACGAGCUGGCCGAGGUGCUGAACGGGG